AUGUCUUUACGUCAUCUUGGCCAUUCAUCGAGAGACGUCGAGUCAUUUUUAACAUCAAUCGGUGGUAUGACUAUAAAAACAUGUCACAAAUGGACCAAUAUUUUAGUAAACAAAGAUUUCGAUGAAUUCACAAUUGAAGAGAGAGGUAGAAAAAGAGGUGAUUCGUUUUGGGAUUGCUAUUCAGAUUUAGAAUUAGAAGCAAAUCAAUUUGUUUAUCAAGAAUGCUCGAAAACAGACGCAACAUUUGCAGCCGAAACUUUGGCACGAUUUAUUGAGCAACUUUUUUAUGAAUUAAAUAAUGAGAAGAAAGUCGAUCAACAAUUAGUCAGAUCACUCGAAAGUUGUAAAUUAGAUUUACGUCGAUUUGGUGCAAAAUACACAGCAGAUUCAAGUCGACCAUACUUUCUUGGGUAUGAACGAGAAGAUGUAGUGAAACAUCGAAAAGAAUUUGUCAAAUACUUCAUUGAACAUGAGCAGCAUUUUUAUACAAUUACAAAUGAUGUGGUACCACAGUGGAAAAUACCAACAACAGACCCAAUAAUUUUGCUUUGUCAUGAUGAAAGUGCAUACAAAUGUGGAGAAAUUACAGCCGAACGAUGGAUCAUGCCUGAUAAUGCGCCGUUUUACAACAAAGGCAGAGGAAGAAGUAUAAUGUGUUCGGAUUUAUUAGUAAUGCAUCCAAGUGGACCAUUCUUUUCGUUGACCGACAAAGAGUAUUCGGAAGCAUUGAAAAAAAUAUCCGAAUUUAAAGUAUGA